GGCCCCAGUUCCCCUCUACCCUAAAAAGGAUGAGCAGUGCAGAAAAUGGAUGGGUGCAUGAUUAAAUAAUUGGUUAAUUAAGAAAUUAAAUGGGGGCAAUUACCAUAAGUAGUUAUUCUAUAUAUACGUUGUAACUAUUUUUUUGUUUUAGCUUAUCUUCAAAUGAGCUGGACCAUCAUUUUCAACAUCAAAUGCGGUCCUCCAACGGAAAAUUUUUCCCAGUCUGCCUGUCUGUGGACUAGACACAAACCACAUCAGCUGGUGCUCUCAUGCCAAUGUUUUGUAACCGGUUUCAUGAUGAAAGUGCGGCUGGGUUCAUUUAUUAUCGUACGGCGGCUAGCACUUGGUUCGCUAUAUUGUUGUUGUUGCCAUCCUUGGUGCAACGGCUAUAUUGUCCCCUUGGAUAACAGAGAAUGUUGUGUUUAUAUUUUCUCCUUGGUCAGCAACUCAGCUACUACUUUUGUCUCCAAGAUCAAUGCCUUGGGUAAGACAAGCGGAGAGAGAGAGCGGUGGAGAGCAAGAAGGGGAAGGGAGAGAGAGAGAGGGAGCUUGGAGUCCACCAUGUCGACUGGAGGUAUGCUAAACACCUCUGGUUCCUCAUCCGGGUACCGCGCGGUCCGCUGCGAUUGGCCGGCGGGGUCACGUGGUAAAAGUAACUUUACAGGGCUGCUCGCAAGUAGGAGGGCUUUAUGGAGCAGAAAAACGACAAAGCUAGAAAAAUUAUUUUCCACUCCAGAAAUUAAUGAUCAUGAGCUCGUAUUUGAUGGAGUCUAACUACAUUGAUCCGAAAUUUCCUCCAUGCGAGGAAUAUUCACAGAACAACUACAUCCCCGAGCACAGUCCCGAAUAUUACGGCCGCGCCCGGGACCCGGGCUACCAGCAGCAGCAGCAGCAGCAACAGCAGCAGCAGCAGCAGCAGCAGCAACAGCAGCAGCAUCACCAGGACUUGUACCCUGCACCGCGGGCCAGCUACCAAGAGCGCCAGUACAACUGUGCAAGCAUCCCCGAGCCCGACACGCCGCGGGGUCAUGCGGGAAUAGCCCACUCCGCGCACCUGCUCACGGGCAAGGGCCAGCCCGCGUCGUGCGAGACCCCCCAGUUGUCCAUGUCCCCCGCCACCCCGCCGACCGCAGCCUCCGCCUGCAACCAAGCCAUCCCGGAGCAUCCGAACAGCGCCGCCUCGUCCAAGCAGCCCGUGGUGUACCCGUGGAUGAAGAAGAUUCACGUCAGUACUGUGAACUCGGGCUACAACGGCACGGAGCCCAAGCGGUCUCGGACAGCAUACACCCGCCAGCAAGUCUUGGAACUGGAGAAGGAGUUCCACUAUAACCGCUAUUUGACUCGGAGGAGGCGCAUCGAGAUCGCCCACACGCUGGUCCUGUCCGAACGCCAGAUCAAAAUCUGGUUUCAGAACCGCAGGAUGAAAUGGAAAAAGGACCACCGGCUCCCCAACACCAAAGUGCGCUCGUCGUCGUCGUCGUCGUCGUCCUCCGGCUCCAACGCGACUUCUGCAGCCGGCGCGGUGGCCCCUUCCUCGGCCACGAACACAGGGGCCUCCGAUGAACUGAGCGGAGCGCAGCAUGGCGACGAUAUUACCAGGUUAUAAAACCACACAUGGACGACGCAGACGGAGAAAACAAACAAACAAACAAACAAACAAACAAACAAAAAACUAAACAGAACAGAACUGAUUAUUUAUAGAAUGAUUAUAUAUUUUGUUUUUUUUUCUCGUAGCCAUCGUGUGCGGUUUCCUCCAAGUCCAACGUUAUAUAAAAUGCAUGUUAUAUGGCAUGGAUUACUGCGAAUACCGUUGCAUUCUUUUAUACGUGAAACAGGGUUUAAUUUAUUUGAAACGUAUUUUAAAUUGUGUUUUUAUUAUGUUUUGAAUGAAGGAGAAAUACAGACAAUUAUACAUUUAAUCCAAAUAUUAUUGUGGGCCACUCUUUUGCCCUGCUGCCCAGGUGAAAUGCACAAUCUAUUUAUUUCAAACAACACUGGAAGGAAGUCAAUAUAAUGAUAAUUAUUUUUGGUAUUAGGGGAAGAUAAAAAAAAAAGAAAAGAAGCUGAAACACACCAUUGAUCUUGAACUUGUAUGUUUAGGAUACAAAUGUGACAAU